CAGCUGUCAGUAUUGUGUUUAUUUUCAUUUUUCCCUAUAUUUUAAUUUGGGAACUGAAAUAUUUCUAGUUUUCUCACUACUAGUCAUUCUACAUAAAUAAAUAUAUUAAAUGCUUCUCUUCAUUGUUUUUAUUAUGACUAAGGUGUCUUUAUGAUAGGCGUAACGUAAAUAAAGAAUAUCCUGAAUAAAUUAAGUGAAACAUAGGUGGGUAAUUUUGUCAAAUCCUUGCUUUUUUUGCAGUUUUCCAGGUCAAUAAAUAUUCCCAAUGUAGAGCAAACUUUUGCUCUUUUAUUGAUCUCUAAACAGUUACUGUGCAUGUAAAAGUUUUUGAAAACCCAAAAUGGCCCAAAGUUCGACCAGUGGAACCUCAUCAAGAAAACACACCAGGGAUCAUGAUUCUGCUUCAGUAUCAUCUCGAAUAGGAGAUGUAUCUGAGUGGGAAGCCAAUGAGGCCCUUCGUCAAAGGGAACUGGAAGAGGCCAAAGGCAGGGCUGCACAAAUGGAAAAAACCAUGAGAUGGUGGUCUGAUUGUACUGCUAACUGGAGAGAAAAAUGGUCUAAGGUUAGGAAUGAACGGAAUAAAGCUAGAGAAGAAUGUAAACAAUUAAGAACCAAACUCGAAGUGUCUGUCAAAGAGGCGUCAACCUAUAAACGAAGCAAAGAAGACCUGGAAUCUCAAAACGAGCAACUUAAAAAGGAAAUUGAAAAAAUCCAUUUGCUGCUCCUCAAACACGCCGGGCAAUUUGACAGCCAGAUCUUCGAAGCCUUGGGGGAGGAUCCUUUGAAAGAUUUCGCCUUUAGCAAUGGUUCCCCCACAAAAGACGUAACGGGGAUCAAUUCACCUUUACGCGACCUUUUGUCAGACUGCGAACGUCAAAACGGCGUCUCGUCCAGCCAGAGCAACCCGGAAUGCGACAGUACCGGCCACUUAGACUUGGAGCUUAAGGACCGAGAUACUGACAUUAAUUUAAGGUUAGAAAAUGACUUGGAAAGCCUUAGAGGGGCCAUACCGAAGCAACGGAUCACAAUAAAAGCACCUUUAGCGGUGGAUGACGAUAUGAUUCAUAAAAUGUCCAUGCUUCAGUUAAAACUUGAAGAAGCCACCAAGACUAUUGGAAUAGAAAGAGAGGAAAAAGACUCGUUGCAAAGACUGCUUGACCGGAUAAACAACGAAUUACACGAGGAAAAGGAAAAGUGUGACGAGUUAAGGGACGCGAAACAAGACGCCAUGAGGCAGCUGCUUAAUUUGCAGGACGAUCACGAGAAAGAGAUUCAACUUAUAAAAGCCGACUUGCUGGACGAGGCAAGCAAUCGCGAGGGAACGGAUAAAAAACUUAAUGAUCUUAGAGCGGAGUUAGAGAGACUUCAGGCCGAAAAUGCGUCAGAGUGGGCCAAAAGAGAGCGUCUAGAAACAGAAAAGUUAGCCCUAGAAAGGGACAAUAAAAAACUAAGAUCCGAAAUAAGGGACAUGCAGGACAGAUUAGAGAGAAAAAGCAAUCGGACCUUAAGCACCUCCGACAUGGAAAUCAGGCAUUUACAGCAAGAGAUUUGCGAUAGAAAUAAAGAAAUCGCUGACUUAAGACAUUCCCAGUCUAAACUAAAGAAAAUCGUGCAGGACAAGAUGACCGAGCUGGCGCACGCGACGAGACGAGCGGAACAGUACGAGUCUGAAGUGAAAAAACUCAGGACGAGAGUGGAGGAGUUGAAGAAAGAUUUGGCGAUCGCGGAAGACGAGCUGGACACGGUGCAGAAUCACUCGAGGAAGUUGCAAAGGACUAAUGAUGAACUACAGGAGCAAGUUGAUAAUUUCCAGGUGCAAUUGCAGCAUUUACAUACCAGAUUACGUAAUCACAACUCGGCAUCGUUACUCACCCAUCGAGGAACCGUGCUCACAAAGUCUUGCAGUGACGUAGAAGAUGAAUUAAGUGAAUUUCUAUAGAUAGAGUUUCCCCAUAGUUAUAGUAUUAAAAUUACCCUUUAAGGUCUGUAAGAGUUUUGGAGUGUGAAUUUCCCUUAGGUAGGUUCCAAUCGAAUUAUUGUUGUAUAGGUAUAAAUAUAUAUAUUUAUUUUGAUAAAGUUACCUAUUUUCUCAUAGUUAGGAUAGGAUUUAAUAGUCUGUAUUUGUUCAUGAUGCCUUACGAGAAUCUUAUUACAAGAUGUUCCAUUUGAAAUAAAAGAGUUGUUCUCACAUUGUACUAUACCAGUAACGCGUUGAGCAUUUAAACCUUGGUAUAUAAUAUAUUCUUAUUAGGAAGGUAAAACCGGUUAUGUAGAAAAUUAAAACGAAAUAGCUACAAUAUACUUUUGGGUAUUUUUUUAAAUAAGGAACACUUGUAACCCUUUCCUUCUUGCACUUGUACUGAUAUUUUAUUAUUAUUUUUUUAGUUUUGUUACAUACGUAAAUACAUUUUAGAGACUCAUAUAUAUUUUUAUAUUCUUUACAGUUUUUUUUUAAUUUAUUUUAAUAUAACAGAAAAUAAAAAACUUUACAAGAA